UCACUACACUUGUCUAGUUGAUAUAAGGCACUUUUUUUAUAAAGAUAACACCAAACUUUCCUUUCUAAACCUACCAACAGUUAUUUCAACCAGCUCAAUUUGUUAUACAAAGUAAAAAGCUGUAUAACAGGAAAAUGGAUUUGAGAGUACUAGCAGCUUUUUCUCUUGUAACUUUGGUCCAUCUCAUCAAUCUUGCUUCUUCUUAUCCCAUUAAGAACAACUUGCCUUCAGAGUUUGUGCAGAAGAGCAAGUUAGAAGAUAAGGCAAUAUAUGGAAGUAAGAUGGAAGGAGGUGGUACUCAUGGAGGAGGAGGUCAUGGUGGCCAAUCACACGGAGGAGGAGCAGUUAUACCUGUUUAUGCAGCCGGGGCUGCAAAUAAAAAUCACCAGUCUCCCAAUCAUCGUAGUGCUGCCGGCUGCAACCUCAACAAAAUCAACUUUUCAUCCUUGCUUAUGACGAUACUUGUCUCUCCUUUCGUGCUGCUUUGUUUGUUAACAUAGAAAGUACAAAAAUAGCUCAGUAUGCAAUAAAUGUAACAUGUUUUUCUCUACAGUAAUGUUUUCUAGUUCCCUCAUAGUGAGUGGGUAAUGUAAUAUGUUCAGUUAGAAUUUGUGACACUAUGCAGAAUGUAUCAAGGAAUGUUUACAUA